AUGGAAUUUGCGAUCCACCUAGCAGCCAAUGGACCAGUCAAGUACGCGAUUGCCAAAAUCGGCGUCGAUCUCCAUAUAUUCGAGCUUCUGACGGAGAGUGACGGUCCUCUCACGGCUUCGCAGAUAGCAGAUCGAGUGGCCGGGGCCCCCAAACUUCUGACAGAGAGAAUUCUCCGAACUCAGGCAGCGUUGCACCUGAUUGACCAAUCUGGUGCCGAUACAUUUCAAUCGAAUCGAGUGACUGAGCUUCUCUCCAACCCGGACAUCAACUCUCUGCUGCUGUUUCAACAGCCAAUAUUUGGUCCUGCUUACCAAGCGCUGCCAGAAUUCUUACGAGCUCGGAAGUAUCAGAAUGCCGUGGCCGACGACGUCACGGCCUUUCAGGUCGCUUUUAACACGGAGUUGACGUUCCCGGAGUUUGUGAAACGGCAUCCUGAGCACCUUGGGAACCUACACAAGUCUAUGCAGCAGACCUAUGGCAGUCAAUGGACUGAUGAAUUCCCAGUUGAAAAGAAGCUUGGUCAGUGGGACGAGGAUGGAAACGAGAGGCCGUUGCUUGUGGACAUUGGCGGCGGACGAGGACAGCAGGCCAGUGCAUUCAAGAAAAAAUUCCCCCAUCUUCCAGGUCGAGUUAUUGUACAAGAUCGGGCGGAGGUGAUUGACCGUGCUGUUGGGAUCGAUGGAGUUGAGUUUAUGGUCCACGACUUCUUUAAGGCUCAGCCGGUCCUAGGGGCCAAGUUCUACUAUCUCCGGUUCGUACUUCACGACUGGCCGGACGAUCUCUGCGUCAAGAUCCUGACGAGCAUUGUUCCUGCCAUGGGCCCUCACUCGUGCAUCAUUCUGGACGAAAUGAUUCUUCCCGAUAUUGGGAUGUCUUUCUGGGCUGCCUUCAUGGACACGGCCAUGCUGGCUGCCAGUGGCGGGUCAGAGCGCAGCGCAGAGGACUGGGUCACGCUGCUUGACCGUGCAGGACUACGGAUGCUAGAGCUACUGGAAUACGAUCCGCAGAAUCUGUCUGUAAUCGUGGCAGUGCCCAAGCAAACAGAGGAUGAAUGA